AUGGGUUGUACUUCAACAAAACUUAAGUAUAAACGAGACCUUUGUCUUUUGAAUGUUCCUAUUCAAUAAGGAAGAAAUAUGUCUAAAGAAGAAGGGAUAACCUCGAGAGAAUACAAAAAAUAUUCGUCUUAAACUAGAACUUAAAAUUAAUAAGAAAUAAUUACUGAUGAUAGUGAGAGUACUUAAAAAUAGGAGCAAAAUUAUUGA